GCGCCCCNCGCCCUCGGGAGAGUCGGCGGGGAAGGGACACCGGCCGGCCUCGGAAGUCUCCGCGUACGGAGCGGAGAAGCGGAAGGCUGACUGGAGGGUGUCCCUGGAGAACCGACUCGGGAUUUGUUGCGAGCAGCAUGGAGGAGAAUGACCCCAAGCCUAGCGAAGCGGCGGCGGCGGAGGGGCAGCGGCCGCCGGAAUCCAGUCCCAGCGGCGGCGCCGGCAGCCCUGGCGACGCGGACACUGGCCGCCGGCGGGCUCUGAUGCUGCCUGCGGUCCUGCAGGCGCCGGGCAACCACCAGCACCCACACCGCAUCACCAACUUUUUCAUCGACAACAUCCUGCGGCCCGAGUUCGGCCGGAGAAAGGACGCGGGGACGUGUUGUCCCGGCGCCGGAGGAGGCAGAGGCGCCGGGGCAGGCGGCGAAGGCGGCCUGGAGGGAGGCGGCGGCGCGGGCGGCGCGGAGCAGCUCCUGGUGUCGGGCCGGGAGCCCCGGCAGAACGCGCCCGGGGCGGGCGGGCCGCUGCCCGGCGGUGGCGGUAGCGACUCUCCGGGUGACGGCGAAGGCGGCUCCAAAGCGCUCUCACUGCACAGCGGUGCCAAGAAAGGAGGAGACCCCGGGGGUCCCCUGGACGGGGCGCUCAAAGCCCGCGGCUUGGGCGGCGGCGACCUGUCGGUGAGCUCAGACUCGGACAGUUCGCAGGCCAGCGCCAACCUUGGCGCGCAGCCCAUGCUCUGGCCGGCUUGGGUCUACUGCACGCGCUACUCGGACCGACCUUCUUCAGGUCCCAGGUCUCGCAAACCAAAGAAGAAGAACCCCAACAAAGAGGACAAGCGGCCCCGCACGGCCUUCACGGCAGAGCAGCUGCAGCGGCUCAAGGCCGAGUUCCAGACCAACAGGUACCUGACGGAGCAGCGGCGCCAGAGCCUGGCGCAGGAGCUCAGCCUCAACGAGUCGCAGAUCAAGAUCUGGUUCCAGAACAAGCGCGCCAAGAUCAAGAAGGCGACGGGCAGCAAGAACACGCUGGCCGUGCACCUCAUGGCGCAGGGCCUGUACAACCACUCCACCACCGCCAAGGAGGGCAAGUCGGACAGCGAGUAGGGCGGGCGGGUACCGCGUCCCGGCCCGCCCUGGCAAAAUGAUGCAAUAAUUUAAAAUCAGAAAUCAAGGGCCAGUGUAUAAAGAUUAUACCAGCAUUAAUAGUGAAGAUAUCGUGUAUUAGCUAUGGUUCUGCAAUAUUCUAUGUAUAUAUAAUUUACAGGAGGUGUAAAAUCCAAAAUAUCUGACUAUAAAAUAUUUUUUGAGUUUUUUUAUGUUUAUGAGAUUAUGCUAAUUUUAUGUUGGGUUUUUGGUUUUUGCAAAGGGGGCUACUUAGGGUUUCAUCUUUUUAAUCCCCUAAGUUCCAUUAUGGGACAUCGGACACUUUUUUUUUAAUUUCAAAAGAUGAAAAAAUUAAAACAACUUGCUGAAGUCCAAAGAUUUUUAUUGCUGCAUUUCACACGACUGUGAA